UCUUCCUAUUAGUGGUGAAUAGCUAAGCUAAAAACCAAUUUAAGUUUGUUAAAUUUAUCAAUCUUAAGAAAGCCAUGGGAUCAGGAUCUCAAACCGUUUGUGUCACGGGAGCGUCUGGGUUUAUUGGAUCAUGGCUCGUCAUGAGGCUCCUGGAGAAUGGUUAUACGGUUAGAACCACCGUCCGUGACCCUGAUAGUGUGAAGAAGGUGAAGCACUUGCUUGAGCUGCCUAAAGCCGAUUCCCACUUGACUUUGUGGAAAGCUGAUUUAUCUGAAGAAGGAAGCUUUGAUGCAGCAAUUGAAGGCUGUUCCGGAGUGUUCCAUGUUGCCACUCCCAUGGAUUUUGAGUCCAAGGACCCUGAGAAUGAAGUGAUAAUGCCAACAAUAAAUGGAGUCUUGGACAUCAUGGAAGCAUGCCUCAAAGCAAAGACAGUUCGGAAGUUGGUGUUCACAUCAUCCGCUGGAACUGUCAAUGGUGAAGAACACCUGAAGCCCGUUUAUGAUGAAAGUAACUGGAGUAAUUUGGAAUUUGUCUACGCCAAGAAAAUGACUGGAUGGAUGUAUUUUGUCUCCAAGACAUUGGCAGAGCAAGCUGCCUGGGAGUUUGCUAAGGAGAAUAACAUGGAUUUCAUCACUAUAAUUCCUACUCUUGUUAUUGGUCCAUUUCUUACGCCAUCAAUGCCGCCCAGCCUGAUAACUGGCCUUUCACUGAUCACCGGGAAUGAAGCUCAUUACUCGAUCAUUAGGCAGUGCCAGUUUGUUCACUUGGAUGAUCUGUGCAUGGCUCAUAUAUUCUUGUUCGAAAAUCCUAAAGCAGAGGGCCGAUACAUUUGCUCCUCCCAUGCUGCUACCAUUACUGAACUAGCCAAAUUACUCAGAGAAAAGUACCCAGAGUACAAUGUUCCUGCGAAGUUCAAAGAUGCCGAUGAAAACUUGAAAAACGUAGUCUUCAGUUCCAAGAAGUUGCUGGACUUGGGUUUCCAGUUUAAGUACAGUUUGGAGGACAUGUUUACAGGAGCUGUAGACACAUGCCGAGAAAAAGGAUUAAUUCCUGCUCCUAUUAAGAGUACAACUCCUGUUUCUGCGGAGAAGGCUGUCAAUGGUCCCACCACUAAUUGACGACAGACGUCAAUGGUACAAGUUAGAAGAACAAUAAAUAUCCACCAUUGAUGUCAUGCUCAUGGCUUUGGUUUUGGUUAACCAAAAUAAAGGGUUUGGGGACCCACUUAUGCAAAAUCUAGUCGAUCACGAAGUGGUUGUCCAACGUUGGACGUAGUGUAUGCCAAAAAAGUUGGAAAUCCUUUUAUAUAUAUAUAUAUAUAGAUAUAUAUAUAUG